AGUGUCUCCUCCAGGUCCGUUAUCUCCUCACCUGACUCUGUGAAUCAAUGGGCAGAGCAGCCUGGCAGGUCGGAAGAAAUUAGCCGACCCGACUCUAACCUGGUUCCUGAGACCAACGCAUCGGAUGCGAAGCUUGAUGAGGCAGAAGAGAAGACCUUCUCGGAACUUGAGGCUUUGGACUCAAUUCGAGUUGCUGUAUGUGAUAUAAAUCCUGGCAGCUAG